UCGACUUGCUCCAUGCAUCAAAAGCAACAAAUCACAGACUUGUGCAGCUGAAGAAUACUAAGCGGGAACAAAACAGCAAAAACAAGGCAUUGAUCGACCUGGAAAUAAAUGACAACAGCUAAGGCUCAUGUGCACGGUUAUUUGAAGGUUCUUUCUGGUUGUAGGUGAUGGUUUCCUACUUUGAGAGCAGGGUUUCCUGAGAUCGUUUGCAGGAGUAAAACAAAAGCACGGCAGUGGUGAGAGAUGAGGAUGCCACCCAAAAGCUCUCUUGGAGGAAGCUGAGAGAAGAGAGGAUGUAGGAACGGGACCCAUGGAGAAGACUACAGAUCUCUCCGAUGGAAAUGGAAUUUGAAAAGUUUGCUCUGAGAUGAGUUGGAUUGGAAAGCAAAUUCUACUUAAAGUCCCUUUUGCAGAUGUAAGAAGAUUUGAAUUAAAAAAAAAAAAAAAAAAUCAUCAGAUUCACCAGAAAAUGAUCUGUGGUAAAAUUGACUUUUGUUAUUGACUAAGGAAGGAGAAUCCUGUCAUACGAAUGUUUCAGGACCCAGGAUAUAAAGACAUGACAGCUAAUGACUAUCAAGAAAAAAUGAUCCAGACAUACCUUCUUCUGUGUAACACUGAGGAUUAUCGACAUGGGGCAGAGUGACUCAAAGCAAAGCAAAGUACGCCAAAGCAGUAAUGAUGUGACUGUCCGAAAUGCAUCCAUUUGACCACUGCUCAAAUUCAUAGUGUCAUAAUUUUGGGUCAUUUACCUAGAGGAACAAAUCAACCCUCAACACUUCAACCCUCACCUCAACUGAAUAUUUGACAAUUACACACCGUAUACCCUGGAUUUUCAUCGCAAGUAAUGAGGGGUCUAGCUGCGCAGUUCACCUUUAAAAGAACAGAACGGAAACCAUUUUAAAUCUCAAUGAAACAGACACAACAGGUCUGUGGACAACCUGGAUUACCAUGCCACGCAAAGUUCCAGGGAGUCCAUCUAGAAGAAAAGAUCUGCUGCAAGAACAGGACAACUCAAAAUGGAACCAGUCAAGGAGAUAUCCUGCAUCAUCUUUCCCUGUCAGCGCAAUUAGAGUCCACCCGUGUCCCAUGCCACAAUCAUCUGUUCUCUGGCUGGGCCUCAUUGGCUUUGUACUGCUGAGGAGCAUACCUGGUGUGUCGGCAGGGGAGACAUGGGGUAUGGUGUCCAUCUGCCCCAUCCACUGUGUGUGCCGGAACCUAUCGGAGUCUCUAAGCACACUCUGUGUGAAUAAAGGUCUUCUUUUCGUGCCACCAAACAUUGAUCGCCGCACUGUAGAGCUCCGUCUUGCAGACAACUACAUCCUGGAAGUAGGAGGUUCUGACUUUGCCAAUAUGACAGGAUUGGUUGAACUGACGCUGUCACGCAACACCAUCCAUGCUCUAAAACCACUGGCCUUUUCUGAUCUGGAGAGUCUGCGUUCCCUUCACCUUGACACCAACCGUCUCACUGCUGUGGGACCUCAGGAUCUGACAGGUCUUGUUAACCUUCAGCAUCUCAUCAUCAACAACAACCAGCUCACCAAUGUUUCUGGAGAUGCUUUCGAUGACUUCCUGCCAACUCUGGAGGAUCUAGACCUUUCCUACAACAACCUGCGCAGGGUUCCCUGGGAAGCCAUACAGAAUAUGGCUAGCCUACACACCUUAAACCUGGACCACAACCUAAUAGACCAGAUUGCUGAGGGUUCUUUCAGCGAGCUCUACAAACUCUCCAGACUGGAUAUGACCUCAAACAGAUUACAGACUCUUCCCCCUGAUCCACUGUUCUCCAGGUCACAGAUUGGGGUUGUCAGUCCAACACCAUACAAUUCCAUCACCAGCUUAAACUUUGGGGGGAAUCCUCUGCACUGCAACUGUGAGCUGUUGUGGUUGCGACGACUGAUUCGUGAAGACGACAUGGAGACAUGUGCCACACCUGCUCAUUUGGCGGGUCGCUACUUCUGGUCCAUCUCAGAAGAUGAGUUUACCUGUGAGCCUCCACUGAUCACCCGUAAUACCAACAAAUUGUGGGUGCUAGAGGGCCAAAGAGCCACACUUAAAUGUAGAGCCAUUGGUGACCCUGAGCCAGUCAUUCAUUGGGUGUCACCAGAUGACCACAUAGUGGCAAACUCCAGUCGCAUUUACUCGUACUACAACGGCACACUGGAUUUUCUAGUGACUCGUGCCAGAGAUGAUGGGACAUAUACAUGCAUUGCCAUCAAUGCAGCAGGGGAAUCCACAGCUCUGGUGGACUUAAAGGUCAUCCCUCUGCCCCAUCGGGGAAAUGGCACGAUAUCCCUAAUCAACCAUAGAGACCCAGGCUCCUCUGAUAUUAGCAGUGGGCGUAGUGGGGUUGAAGGGGCAGGGACUGGCGUGGUGACUGUAAAGAAUGUCACUGGAGGCAAAGCAGAGGCUGAACCGAAAGGAUCAGAAAACUUGGUAGGAGUUCUGGGUGUAACAUCUAAUUCAGCCCAGAUUCGAUGGAAAAUGAGUCAUUCUUCAAUGCCUUACCUGGUGUGGAUGUAUCAGAUCCAGUACAAUAGCACAGCAGAUGAUACACUUGUUUACAGAAUUCUGCCUCCAUCUAGUAAUAGUUUCCUGCUGAAAAACUUAGUGUCCGAAGCAGACUACAGCCUGUGCGUCUUGGCCAUAUUUGAUGAUGGCAUCUCCUCCUUGGCGACAACGAAGGUGUUGGGCUGCAUCCAGUUCAGCACUAAAGAGGAUUAUCCAGAAUGCCGUUCUCUGCACGCUCACUUCCUGGGCGGCACACUGACAGUGAUGGUGGGUGGCGUGGUCGUGGUAACCCUUCUGGUCUUCACUGUGGCCAUGAUGGUGCGGCAUCGUGUCUGUGGAGAGUGUCGGGAUGAUGCCAACAGAGCAGGCAAGUUUUUGCCAGCUGAAGGGGUGGAUGUUUAUGCCCAGACAAACGGAAACAACAGUAUGAUGAUGGUAGCAUUGCCAAAUGGCGUCUUGGCUCAAAGACCAAAAGCAACACAGGACAAAUCCAAACACAAGCCUGACUCAAUCCUCAAGCCUAAACAGAGCCCAGAGCCACACCGUGACCAGAGCAUAGUCACAUGCGGUAGAGAAGACGGGGUGGUGAGGGAAAAAUGUUUAACACCACUCACACCAGAGAGUGAGAGAUUGAUGCUCUACUACUCCCCGAGUAACACACUGCCUCUCCCGACACACAAGGCUGUGAAGCGAACAGGAAGGCUCAAGUUACGGAGAAAGUCUUUGGAGAAAGACAGACAAGUCUUGGCCUCCUUUCCAUUGACACUAGAUGGAGAGGAAGGAAGGGAGGGAGGGUCAGACUUGAGGCAGGCACUGAAAACCAAGCGUAGCUGCUCUUUCGAUGUGGGUGAAAUUACCACCAGCACGUGCUACAGCUAUGCCAAACGGCUGAGCGUCAUAUGGACCCAUCGUAGCCAGUCGCAACAUGGCAUGUUGGUCGACUGUGCCUCCACAACCAGCACAUCCAGCACAGGAAAUGAGCAGUACGGCAAUGCCCUGGCACAGAACUAUAUCCACGCCUUUGCUUCUAACAACUCAAGCUCUACUUCUAACUCAAGCAGUAGCAUGACUGUAAAUCCCAGGGACCUGGAAGAAAGUGUGGUAUAGAGAUAUGAGGAAAAGAAAGACUUUUGUAUAAUAACUGCCAUGAGGUGACACUCGCCACAUUCAGGCGUGUCAAAAGACCAAUACAACCUAACAAUAAAAAUGAGAUAAUAAAGAAUUAUCAGGGGCGAGCAGAGUCGGUGAGGUGUACUGCUCCAGACACAAAGGAAUGGCCAUUAUUUGAUGACCACUAUUAUUCCUAGCUACCACAAGUCUCAAAAUCAAAUUAUGCGAAGACAAAGAAUGACAAGAACAGAAAUGAGCAUAGGUUUGCUUUUUAUUAACGGGCCAAAGGCAUGGGGGAUUAAAACCUAAGCGGUCUGUUUCAACGAGAUUAACCAAUUAAUAUUAUUGAAUAAAUCAGACGCUACUUUGUACCAUAGCAACACCUUUUAAAUGCAAAUGAGUUAAAACGAGGGGGUAAAUAUCACAAAAACAAACUCAAAACCAAAAGAGAGAGCGUAUUAUCUGUUGAAAUAUACUGCUGUAAAGAAGCACACAUGUCUGAGCUCUCUGAUGAGGGAAAGUACACCCUGUAAAGUUUCUUUUCACUCUUUAUUUCCAGUGGUAAUGUUUUUUUUAAUUAUAACUGAAAAAAUGGGGGAGGGAGGUUCACUUAAUAUUUCUGAACACAUUUGCUACAAGCAUUUUAAUGGGGGAACCAUUUGUUCAAAUGUCCUUCAACAGUGGUCUGAAUAGUCAUAAAUGUUCUUGUCUGACAAGCCCUUUUUCCAGAAUCAUAAAAAGAAUAAAAGCUGUUCUGUAAAAAAUGGUAUUCUGUUCUAAUAGCGAUCAAUCUGAUAUGAUAGCUCAAUGGUUAAUUGCUUAAGAAAGAGGCUGGUAUUAAAACCCACAUGGCACACAUAAUGCUUCUAAUACACAAAACAAAAGCUUUGCAGUCGACUGGCACCACAGAACCUACAAACUUGAUUAAAAUGUCAGAUAGGAUAAUAAGCUUAAUGUCUCUAAUGUGCUUAUACAACUCCAUUAGAGCAAAUAUUCUAGCGCCGCUCACUUAACUGGAGAUUUAAUUACUGAUAAUAACAGCAAAAACAAGGUCUGUUAAUCUGGGAGACCUCAAAACAAUUCAUGAGUCAUCAGCAAAGACUUUAAAAUAUGAUCUUAUGUCAUUUACAGUCAUAUUUCUUCUGGUGUGAACAUGAUGUGCAAAAUAUAGUCGUGAGAGGGACCAAGUGCAAUGUAGACCACUUUAUAUAACAGCUGACAGAGGAGAGGGAGGCAAACAGGAUAGAGAUGAAAGGCAAGAGAUAGGGGUGGAGGUAUGGACCAGGACAAGAUUACAGUGGCGCAGUGAGGUUUACUGCCUGAGACGAUAUGUAAUAUGUCGGUCACACGGAGUACUUUAUUACAACGAAUAUCACUGUAUCACAAAUAAAGCACCCUGGAGCACAGUAUAUACUUGGAUAAGACACUAUGGAGUUGGACAGAGAUAAUUUAUACAUAUGCAUAAAACAUGCACAAUGAUUUUUGGAAUUGACAGUAUCUGCCUUCAAUUGACACAUAAGUGCUGUUCCAAAAACCCAGUGAGCUGUGGCAAUCGCUGACUACUGUCUACAGAGGAAGUUACCUUCUAAGGCAGCUGGAUUAGAUACAAGGCCAAAUAUGAUCAAACCAUGAUUUUACACCACCAUGGAAGAUCUAACGGGACGAACGGCACCCCGUCUCCACCACUGCAGCACAUGCAGGCUACUAAGCAUAUGCAAAUAAAUGUAAUACUUCUAAAAUAUGUCUUUGAAUUUAUUUUGACUGCAGAACGUAACUUGUUCAAU